AGUGUUGUUGUUAGCAACUACCGGCUAAUAGCUAACUUUAGCCGAUCAGUGGGCUAACAACACACUGCUGUUUGUCUCAGAUUACCUUAUUAAAUAAUUACCAUUCAGUCAAACUCGGUCUGCGGUAGUAUCUGUCGCUCUCACCGGCUGUUUGUCUCUGAUAUCAGGAAAGAUGUCUUCUGCCACGUCUGAUCCAACUCUUGAGAGACAUUUCAAGGGUCACAGGGACAAUGUUACAAGUGUGGACUUCAACUGCAACAUGAAACAGAUUGCCACCGGCUCUAUGGACUCAAGUGUGAUGAUCUGGAACAUGAAACCUCAGAUGAGGGCAUAUCGUUUUGAUGGACACAAAGAUGCUGUCACUUCAGUUCAGUUUUCUCCCUCUGGCCACCUGGUUGCAUCUGCCUCCAGAGACAAGACAGCACGUCUUUGGGUGCCCAGCCUGAAGGCUGAGUCAACAGCUUUCAGGGCGCACACUGCCACUGUGCGCAGCAUCAACUUUUCUGCUGACGGGCAGAAUCUGGUCACAGCCUCCGAUGACAAGACCAUCAAAGUGUGGACCGUCCACAGACAAAAGUUUCUCUUCUCUCUCAACCAGCACAUCAACUGGGUCCGCUGUGCCAAGUUUUCUCCAGACGAUCGUUUGAUUGUGUCGUCCAGUGACGAUAAGACUAUAAAGCUGUGGGACAAGAACAGUAGAGAGUGCAUUCAUUCUUUCUAUGAACAUGCUGGUUAUGCAAACCACGUGGACUUCCAUCCCAGUGGAACGUGUAUAGCUGCAGCCAGUACUGACAACUCUGUAAAAGUCUGGGACAUCAGAUCCCACAAGAUGCUACAGCAUUACCAAGUCCACAGUGGAGUGGUGAACAGCUUGUCUUUCCACUCGGCUGGUAAUUUCCUCAUCACCGCAUCCAGUGACUCCACAAUGAAGAUACUGGACCUUGUGGAGGGCAAGCUACUGUACACACUGCAUGGACACCAGGGUCCAGUGACCUGUGUGGCCUUCUCCAGGACAGGAGAGUAUUUCUCCUCUGGAGGUUCUGAUGAGCAGGUAAUGGUGUGGAAGAGUAACUUUGACUGCGCUGAAGGCAGCGAUGACUUCAGGUUGGACCAUAAAGAUACUCCCAGCUUGCAGGCACUGGGCAGCUCCACGGCUCAGCCCUCCCUAACCUCGCAGCCCUCUGUGCACCGCAGCCAGGUAAGUUCAGCUUGCGAACCAUCCGAACAUCUUAGCGGGCAGGACUCCCACACAAAGAGCGGCAAUCGCAAUGGCAGCCACAGCAGAGCGACUCGUUCCCAAACCUACGGACACCUCAGCUCCAGCUCUUCCUCCACCCACCAGGCACAGACCCCGGGUUUACCGCAGCAUUCACCCCAGGGUCAAUCACAGUCCCAGGCUUUGGAUGGGGGGGUCCCACCUGGUCUGGCGAGCACCCUGGAACACAUCAUCGGUCAACUGGAUAUUCUCACCCAGACGGUUUCGAUCUUGGAGCAGCGGCUGACACUGACAGAGGACAAGCUCAAGGAGUGUUUGGAGAACCAGAUGGAGAUUGGUCUACAUCUCCAGAGACGUGAGGAGGCCUAAAGAUGGCGGCACCAGAGAGAGGUUGAACUGUGGUGUGAGGGCAAAUGGGUUCACGCCAACACUACUUACAAAAAAAGCAUCUACCGAACACUCCGGUUGUUACGUCUCACUUGAAAUGUGCGAUCUUGCACACAGUCCAGAACUGUUUCCCUGACUGGACUCCAAUUGCACACUGAGCCUCACUGCUGAUGUACUGCGCCUGGUUAUUUUACAAAGAGAUAUCUGAAGUGAAGGAGUUGAAUAUUAGAGAAGUUGUUCUUCUACAAGAAUGCUGAGAGCGCAGUCCCCUUUCUGCUGACAAAGGAUCUGCUGCGAGUCACUUUUUGAGUGUGCAAGCGUCUGUGUGUGUAUGUGUGAGCAUUUAGAUGUGUAUGCACAAAAUUGUGUCCUGUGAGAUACAUGCAAAAGACUUUCCUACUUGCCUUUACCCCACACAUACUGUAUGGGCAUUUUGAACUCUAUCUGCGUAUGUGGCGUGCAGGUUCAUGCCGAGUUUCAUCACUGUAAAAUACACUCAGAAAUCACAAAUACAGUUCCCAAAAACCAACAUAACCACAAUGCAUUACUAUUGUUUAGUUGUAUUAAGACAUGCUCAAUAUUCUUUUUAAUUGAAAAAAGAGGGUCAGUUAUUUACAAAGUUUGCUGUCUAUGGGUGCUUCAUGUUUGUUCUGCUGCUUGUUCAACAUUCGUAGAUUCAAAUCCUUAACUACAGAGCCAACAAUGUGCCUUUGUUGGAUCUCAAUUGAAAAACCUGUUUCCAAGUUGGUAAGUUUGUUACAGUUAUUAAAGACUAUCUCUUACAUUAUAUUUUAUUUUCAACAGAUCCUGUAUAUACCACAAAGCAACAAUGAAUUGAAUUGGACAGGGUAGUAGGGUGGUAAAGUAUUGCGAGAUGUUGGUUUCCGUUUCUGGAUUGUUGAAGAUGCAACAAAAUAUAAAUGAGCAACAGUCUAAUUAUUUAAGUUAAAAUGAUGAUGUGUUGGGGUUAUCUCCUCUGUGCGAAAGAUAAGCAUUUGUUCCGUCCCUUCAUACACUGUGUCCUAAACUUUUAU